AUGCGUUUGGAAUCACUAAUACUGAUAUGCCUGUGCCUUUCACCAACUAUUUUCUGGUGUUACGGACAUGGCUAUCCGGAUUGCGAUAUCGAUAAAUUUCAGGUUCAAAAUGACUUAAAUGUGUCAAGAUUUGAGGGUUACUGGUACGCCAUUUCAGCUAACAGAGAGUUCAACCCUUUCAGGGUAGCAAUGUCCACUGCCCCGACGGACGUUGGGGGGAUGGAAUAUACCGGUGGUAUGGGUUUGUUUUCUGGUUUCAACGUUGGUAUGCCAAGACAGACGCCAUGGGCAGCUGCGGAAAUGAGACAGAUCCGAAACCUACAGUACUACUUCGAAAUGACGACAGAAAAUGGAACUAUGCGUACAUUGACAACUGGAGCAGUAAUGGCGGAUCGUUGUUAUUACGCUCAAGGAUUAAAUAUUCCAAGAAACGAAUCAAACGUAGCCAAAACCGACUACAUUUUCCAAGGAAGUAAAUUUCCCAUAUGGAUUAUCAAGACCGACUACGAAGGUUACGCUCUGAUCUACUCUUGUUGGAAUACCAACGCUAACGGCGAAUGUAGUCCGGGCAGUUCUUACGUCAUCUCUCUGAACCGAGUUAUGGAAGGCCACACUGCCGCAGAACUGGCACAGGUUGAAGCCGCAAGUACUGAAGUUUGUGUGCCACCCGAAUCCUUGCGACCCGUUUUUCAUGACGGAGGCUGUGCUAUCAACGCUACAUAUUUCCCUGCGGAGGAAUUUUCUAUCAUGAAUGACCCUACCACUUACUUCCCUUUCUAUUAA